GCUCGUUCACGGUCAACUGUACAUGGGGGUUUCUGACCUGCCUGCAAGCCGGAAGGCCGCUGGGCUGCGAGGCCCGACAUCGAAGGAUUACACAUGUCCGUACUGCUACCAAACGUUCGACUCCCUGACGACCGCGCAGUGCUUUGAUCGACAUUCUCUCCGCAUGCGCGAUGAUUGGCGCUUUCUCAAGUAUGCUUACAAGGCGCAAGACGCUGACGAAGAGCUGCGCGAAGAAAUUGCAGAGCGCCGCGGUGUACGAUGGUCCGUGUUGGACCUUCUGCCUGGAUGGAUGCCAGCCAGAAGCUCGCCGCCUGAGUUCAUGCAUGCGAGCUUUCUCGUCCAACUUCGACAUACGUUCCAGGAGAUCUUAGUUGGAAGCGGCCUGUUCACUGCUCGCAGCCGCAAUGACAAGCCAUUAUCCAAGCUCGAGAAGAUUCUGAAUGAAAUAUGGUGGCCUGCCUCAUCUGGCCGAGCUCCUCGGAAGAUCGCUGAGGGCGGGUCCGUGAAAGCGGACCAGUGGCGGAACCUAGUACACAUCCUUCCGGUCGUACUCUACUACUGCUGGCAAGUUGAUGGCCGCAUUCCGGGCGGAAGCGCACCAAAACCGAACACUUCCACAAACGCUGGGAAGGCUCUUGAUAAGAAGGAAGCAUUGAUUCGUUCUCGUCGGCGCGGACAGCUCAUAGCACAGGCAGAUGUUCCCACAGCAGCAUUGGAAGCGGUCGAUCACAUGGAGAUAGACCGGAGCUAUCAACGGCACUACGAGAACACACUUGAAUUGUGCACGGCUAUUCGGAUAUGGGCCUCAUGCUCGAUAUCUCCGCAGGAGGUUGAACGCGCACAGGACUGCCACUCCCGGGCAUGUCAAUCCUGGGCGGCGAUGAACUGUCAUUUGACCCCUUACUUUCAUCUCGCAACGCACAACAGCGAAUUCUUCCUACGCAACGGGCCCUCAUACUCCUGGUGGGCUUACCCUUAUGAACGCAACAAUGGAUUUCUUGGGCGUUUCAAGACCAACGGGCACACAGGUGGGGAGCUGGAGGCGACAAUGAUGCGUGGCUGGGUGAAGUGCCAGCUGAUCAGUGACUUGAUGCAACAUCUCGAGAAUCUGAGUGACAAGAACGAUGAUGAUAGCAAGAUUCUUGCGAAAUUGAAGGAUCAAAUGAGAGGGAGCUCGAAGCCCGCUCAGCAGCGUGGUACUCUCUUGAAUCUCAUAGCGGGCAUGAAAUCUCGGGACUCCGCUGGAGCGACAGUAGAACGCAUCGCACUUCCAUCGCAAUCAAGGAAGGUCAAGCUGGAGCAGCUAGGAUUGUACGCGCUCGUUCUGCGCUUCCUUCAGGAUGCCUGGGGUGCAACAGCAUCCAUCGUUGCUGCGUCGGCCCCAGCGGAUGCAGGCGAGCCAUUUGUCGCAGUCAACAUACCUUCAUAUUCCAACAUUCUCGUGGACGGCUUGCGAUAUGGCGCGUAUAACACGCAUCGCGGACAGAACUCCUGUUACGCUUACAUUAAUGGGCGUAUUCCUGUGCGCAUUUCUCACAUUUUCCACAUCAGGCAUACCCGACGCGAUGCUCGCCUCGUACCCCUCGAAUGCACAUGUGCUGUUGUGCAGCAGUUCAUAUAUGAUGAUGACAUUCCGGAGAUGCCUUGGACUUCACGGGCAACCGACCUAGGCAUUGCAACAUGGCGUGCAAACAUGUUGUCAGCACCCGAGGUCGUCAAUGCUUGCCAGCUCUCUGGUCAUUUCGCUCUUACUACAGUGCCUCACUGCGAGCAAGAGCUAUGGGUAACAAUGUCUCUAUGCCAUGAUACUCAAGAACCAGAUGUCCUUGAUGAUGCGGCCGACACCGAGGAUAUAUAA